GGCAGGCGGCGGGGGAGCAGGGAGGCCGCGCACCUGUUGCGGCCCCGCCCGACCAGGCACAGCUGACGGGGAGGGCGCCCCCAGCUCCGGAAGGAGAACCGGAGCUCCGGCCUGAGAUCUUCUGGACCCUGGUGGGUUACGUCUAGGAUGACCCGAGACGCGCAAGUGAGAGAACAGACCCUGCUCCAGCCGGAGGACUCGGUCAUUGCACCGCCGGAACCCCAACUAGAGUCAGGGUUACCCCUGCAUCUGGCGUCCGCCCAGGUCAGGGUCCUGAUGACCCCGGAGAUGCCCGGCGUGGUUUAUUGAAAGCCAUGUAACAGACCAAGUGCGCUGAAGUGAGCCAGCACCGAGGGUAACCCAGCAACGAGGGACACGGGUUUGAAGAAUUAAUUUGCUGAAAUUCCCGAACUGGGCCUGGGAGCCUGGCUGAGUUUGUGAGCGGGCCUCACACCCUCUCUGCAAUGGGCUGCUGACAGACUGGACUGUGGAAUGUGACCAGCAUGAGCUCACUGCGGGAAGAAAUGGAUGAAGAGGAACUGGAGCAUCCGAACGCCUCUCCAGAAAAACGCUAUUUCCCCGAGUCCCUAGAUUCCAGUGAUGGGGACGAAGAGGGGGCCCUGGCCUGCGAGGAUCUGGAGCUGAACCCCUUUGACGGCUUGCCGUAUUCAUCGCGAUAUUACAAACUUUUGAAAGAGAGAGAAGAGCUUCCGAUAUGGAAAGAAAAGUACUCCUUCAUGGAGAGUCUGCUGCAAAAUCAGGUUGUGGUGGUGUCCGGAGACUCCAAGUGUGGCAAGAGCUCUCAGGUUCCUCAGUGGUGUGCUGAGUAUUGCCUUUCCAUCCAUUACCAGCACGGGGGCGUGAUAUGCACACAGGCCCACAAACAGACGGCAGUCCAGCUGGCCCUGCGGGUAGCCGACGAGAUGGAUGUUAAUAUUGGGCAUGAAGUUGGCUAUGUGAUUCCCUUUGAGAACUGCUGCAGCACUGAAACAAUCCUGAGGUACUGUACUGAUGACAUGCUGCAGAGAGAAAUGAUGUCCAAUCCUUUCCUGGGUAGCUAUGGCGUCAUCAUCUUGGACGAUGUCCAUGAGAGAAGCCUGGCGACUGAUGUGCUGCUUGGACUCCUUAAAGAUGUGCUGCUGGCAAGACCAGAGCUGAAGCUCAUAGUUAACUGCUCGCCUCUCCUCACCAGUAAACUCAGUUCCUACUAUGGAGACGUGCCUCUCAUAGAAGUGAGAAAUAAGCACCCCGUGGAGGUGGUGUACCUUAGUGGGGCUCAGAAGGACUCCUUCGAGUCUGCCGUACGCCUUAUCUUUGAAAUCCACUGCUCGGGUGAGAAGGGUGACGUUGUGGUCUUCCUGGCCUGUGAACAAGAUAUUGAAAAAACCUAUGAAAUUGUAUGUCAGGAAGGAUCCAACUUAAACCCAGAUGUGGGAGAGCUGGUGGUCAUCCCCUUGUAUCCCAAAGAGAAAUGCAGCCUGUUCAGGCCAGUGGAUGAAACAGAGAAAAGAUGCCAAGUGUACCAGAGACGGGUGGUGCUGACCACCAGCUGCGGGGAGUCUCUGAUCUGGAGCCACACGGUCAGAUUUGUCAUUGAUGUUGGUCUGGAGAGAAGGCAGGUAUAUAACCCCCGGAUCAGAGCCAACUCCCUCGUCCUGCAGCCCAUCAGCCAAAGCCAAGCAGAGAUCCGGAAGCAGCUCCUUGGGUCUUCUCCCUCAGGAAAACUUUUCUGUCUGUACACUGAAGAAUUUGCCUCCAAAGACAUGAGGCCCCUUAAGCCAGCGGAAAUGCAGGAAGCCAACCUGACCAGCAUGGUGCUCUUCAUGAAGAGGGUGGACAUUGCAGGCCUGGGCCGCUGCGACUUCAUGAACAGGCCAGCUCCAGAAAGCCUGAUGCAGGCACUGGAAGAUUUAGAUUACCUGGCAGCCUUGGACAAUGAUGGGAAUCUCUCUGAGUUUGGAAUCAUCAUGUCUGAGUUUCCUCUUGAUCCACAGCUCUCAAAGUCUAUCUUAGCAUCCUGUGAAUUUGACUGUGUAGAUGAAAUGCUAACCAUUGCUGCCAUGGUAACAGCUCCCAGUUGCUUUUUGCACGUGCCUCAUGGUGCUGAGGAGGCUGCAGUGACUUGCUGGAAAACGUUCUUGCACCCUGAAGGUGAUCACUUUACGCUCAUCAAUGUCUACAAUGCCUACCAAGAUACAGUUCUGAACUCUGCCAAUGAACACUGUGUGGAGAUGUGGUGUCACGAUUGCUUCCUCAGCUGCUCUGCUCUCAGGAUGGCAGACGUUAUCCGAGCAGAACUCUUAGAAAUUAUCAAGCGGAUCGAGCUUCCCUAUGCAGAGCCUGCCUUUGGCUCCAAGGAAAAUGGUCUGAACAUCAAGAAAGCGCUACUCUCUGGGUACUUCAUGCAGAUUGCUCGGGAUGUUGACGGGUCAGGUAACUACUUGAUGCUUACACAUAAGCAGGUUGCUCAGCUGCAUCCCUUGUCAAGCUACUCCAUCACCAAGAAGAUGCCCGAGUGGGUCCUCUUCCAUCAGUUCAGCAUAUCUGAGAACAACUACAUCAGGGUCACCUCAGCAGUCUCCCCUGAGCUAUUUAUGCAGCUGGUACCACAAUACUAUUUCAGUAACCUGCCUCCUAGUGAAAGCAAGGACAUCCUACAGCAAGCUGCAGGCCACCUACCCACUGAAACUAUGAACAAGGACCAUGAUGUGUGUGACAAGUGCCCAGAUGCUACUGAGCAGAGAUGCACGAUCCAGUGACCUCUCCAACACAGUGCAAUACGGACACUGCAAUAGGAGCUGCUGAAGCCAGGACAGUCCUGGACAUGAACACUUCAAGUAUGAUUUUAAAAUAAAAAAAUAGUUUUAUUAAGUUCUUAAAAUUACUAUUCCAUGCUUUUCUUAUUGGAAGUUUUUAACCAAUCAUUCAUAAUUUGACCAAAAUAAAGAAAAAAAAAUCAUUUUGUAAAUGUGUCACAGACACAUGGAACAGAACCCUACUUUUUGUAGAGGACUUGAAUCUGAAUAAAAUAAUGAGUUUUUCAGUA